AUGCCUAAGCCGCGCUCAAAACGAAGCGCCGUCCGCGAGGAGCGCAAGCGCAAGCGGCACGAGCCAGACGGCUCCAGCUACGAGGCCAAGCGCCCGCGACGGAGCGACGACGAUGCUGCGCCUUACGACGAGACCGCCGGUUACGCGAUCGACGGCGCCGCCCCGGACGAGGGACAGCACGAUGGAAUCGCGGAAAAGGAAUUCUUUGGCAUGCUCGACGACGAGGAGCAAGAGUACUUUCGACGCGCCGACGAGAUGCUCGAGCUGAACCAGUUCCCGACGACCGACGACCGCGACCUCUUCCUGGAGAGCGUCUACACCGAGGCCAAGGGCAAGGAGCUCAAGCUCGCCAGCAGCCAGUCCUGCUCGCGCCUCAUGGAGCGCCUCAUCCAGCUGUCGACCACGGCACAGAAGAAGAGCCUCUUUGAGGCCUUUGGCGGCCACUUCCUCUCCCUCGUCCGCCAUCGCUUCGCCAGCCACUGCUGCGAGGCGCUGUUCCUGCGCUCUGCGGGCGUCGUCACGCAGGAGCUGGCUGGCUUCGUGGUGGACACAAAGGGAAAAGGCGCUGACCAGCAGGAGCCCGAGGCCUCCAUGGAAAGCCUGUUCCUGGCCACGCUGGACGAGCUCGAGGGCAGCCUGAGCUUCCUCAUCACGGACCGCUUCGCGUCGCACACCCUCCGCGUCCUGCUCCUCGUGCUGUCCGGCCGACCCCUCGACGACGCGUCCGUCAAGACGCUCAUGAAGAGCAAGAAGAAGGAAAACAUCUCGGUGGCGGGGUCCGCAGCCGCGGAUGAGCAGAACCAGGGCCUGCGCGCCGUGCCGGCCUCCUUCAACAUGGCCAUCCGGAAGAUUGUCAGCGACUCGACCGCCGGCAUGGACGCCACGGGCCUGCGCGUGCUGGCAAAGCACCCCAUCGGAAACCCCACGCUGCAGCUGCUGCUCGAGCUCGACCUGUCGCUCAACAAGUCUGAGCAGAAGUCGGACGACGACCAGGUGUCUCUCCUGCAGCAGCUUCUGCCGGGCGCCCCCAAGUCCCUCGCAGACGGCUCCUCGGAAGCGUCCGAGUUUGUCAAUGGCAUGAUCUACGACCAGAUCGGCUCGCGGCUCAUUGAGACGCUGGUCGUGCACUCUCCCGGCAAGGUAUUCAAAGCUCUCAACCAAAACAUCUUUCUCCCCCGCAUCCAGGGAUACGUCCGCAACGACAUUGCGUCGUAUCCCGCCAUCAAGGUCCUCGGUCGCUUGGGCAAGGAUGACCUCGUCACAGCCGUCGACCAGAUCCUACCGACGGUCCCUCAGCUCGUGUCCAAGUCCCGGUUCAACGUCCUCAAGACCCUGUUUGAGCGAUGCGCCGCCAGAGGCGUAAACGACGAGGUCAAGAGGCUCAUGAAGGGCCUCAAGGAGGGCUGCGGGAGCCGGCCCGUCGACCUCGUCACCACUCUGUGCUGUCUGAGGGACGAGAAGGAAAAGGUCAAGGACGUCGAGCAGCUCACGCGGAACCAGUACGCCAUCCAGUCGCACGGCGCGCAGCUGCUCACGGUCCUGCUGUCCAUCCCCGGCCCCUCCAAGGGCGUCCACGAGUCCCUCCUCGCGCUGCCGUCCGAACACCUCAUCCGCCUCGCCACCACCUCCAUGCCCACCGUGACGCUUCUCACGACCGCCCUGUCAACGCCCGCCGCCAACUCGCUGUUCCAGAAGUCUCUCGUGAGCACCGUUACGCCGCACACGUCCGAGCUCGCGGUCUCGCAGUUUGGCCACAACCUCAUCAACGCCAUCGCCGAGGUGCCCAGCAAGGGCAAGGACCUCAGCGUGCCGUACCACAUGAAGGAGGCGGUCAUGAAUCAGCUCGGAGCCCAUGAGGCCGAGCUGCGGGAGUGCUGGAUGGGCCGCAGCGUGUGGCGCAGCUGGAAGGGUGACAUGUGGAAGACGCGCAGGGGAGACUGGAAGGGGUGGAUGAGGGAGGUUGACCUGCCGCAGCAGGCUCAGCAGCCCGUCGCCGCGACGAGGGGGUUGAAUGGGAAGCACGCUGGCAAGAAGGAGGUGGCAAAGGACGAUGAGGUGGCCGAAGCUCCGGUGGCCGAAGCUCAAGACGAGGUACCCGAUGCGAUGGAAAUCGACGCACCCGAGGGUGCGCCCGCGGAACAAGAGGAGCCUGAGGAGGAAAGGCCCAAGAAAGAGAAGAAGGACAAGAAAGACAAAAAGGAGAAGAAGGACAAGGAAAAGAAAGAAAAGGGCGACAAGAAGGACAGGACAGAAAAGGAGGGGAAAGAGAAACGGGACAAGAAGGACAAGGAAGGCAAGGAGAAGAAGGCCAAGAAGGCCAAGGACUGA